GAACCUGGCGGAGGGUGGGGGUAGGUAGCGUGGGGAGGGAACCCGUUGGUGGCAGCGUCAUGGCGCGCCUACUGCGAGCACUGCGGGGCCUGUCCUUGCUGGAGGUGCCUGGGCGGCCAGUUCGGGGUUGUGCGGGGUCGGGACGCGGGGACUCAGAGUCCCUUACAAAGCCCAAGCUCUGUCUAAGCAAGACUGACUGGCAGAAGAAGCUGACCCCCGAGCAGUUCCAUGUCACGAGAGAGAAAGGAACUGAGGCGCCUUUCAGUGGGAUGUACUUGAACAACAAGGAGACAGGGAUGUACCACUGUGUGUGCUGUGAUAGCCCACUCUUCAGUUCUGAGAAGAAGUUCUGCUCUGGCACUGGCUGGCCAUCAUUUUAUGAGGCUCAUGGCACAGAAGGCUCCGACGAGAGUCACACAGGGAUCCUGAGGCGACUGGACACUUCCUCAGGACGGACUCGCAUGGAGGUGGUCUGCAAGCAGUGUGAAGCUCACCUCGGCCAUGUGUUUCCUGAUGGACCAGAGCCCACUGGCCAAAGGUUUUGCAUCAACAGCGUGGCCCUGAAGUUCAAACCAAGCAAGCACUGACCAUCACCAGGAGGCCCGUUCUUUGCCCUCCAUUGUGUAGAGCUUUGGCUCUGUAAAUCAGAUGGAUGCCUUAUUUCAUUCACUAUAAAUUUAGGCUAAGGUUGUUACUGGCUGCACAGGGGCCACAGCUUCUUAAUCACCUGAAAACAACUCAACCCCAGCUUCCUCUUUGGCUAUGGUAUAUCAGAAUAACAGAAAGGCAGCCCAUUCUUCAACUGGCUUCCAAGGUUUUUGGUAGGACCUUUGCAGGGUUUGAGCAAGUUCUUGGGCUGACAAGGGUCCCCAAAACACCCAAAGUAAGUGAACCCGAAUUGGCCAUAGCAAUGAAUUCCUUCAUGGAUGUACACAGGUGAGGAUGGCUCAAGGGGGCAGGAAAGGAUGGCAUAGGAGGGAUGAGAUCCCAGCACGGAAAUGGGGGGUGGGAGUGGCCGAGCGUGGGAAACACAUACAAGGAUGGAUGAGAUUUGUGGUUUCUUGUCAAAAAUUUCACUGACUCAGACAUUCGACUUCCAACCUUACAACUCACAAAUGGGAUUCAUAUGAGCUGAGUCAAUUUCAGUGAUUGCAAACAAUGCUCCUCCUCAACUCUUUGUUCCAACAGUAAACUUCAAAAUAUUCAAAUAAAAUAUUGAGGUUGAUGUUCA